GCGGGUCCGGCCGCUGCAGCUGGAAGAGUGUCUUCUGAAGCCACCAUCAGAGAGAGACGUCAAGAGAAUCCUGCCACCCCUGAAAGAAAAGACCAGUUGAAAGAGGUGGGCAUCUCCUGGACAGCACGGAGCUUGCAGUGGCAAGAGCUUCUGGCACUGUCGUCAAAGCGACGUGAACCCUUUGAACUUGGCUUCUAGAAACGUGGACACAAGCCUUUUCCAGACGCCAGCCACUGAGGACAAGCCGGGCCAAUAACAGAAUUAUACAGCAGCCCCUCUGACCAGGAGACUCUGUCCUGCUGACGCCGAAAGAACUGCCCAGGUGGAGCCAUGGAAGGUGACUGUCUGAGCUGCAUGAAGUACCUGAUGUUUGUUUUCAAUUUCUUCAUAUUUCUGGGUGGGGCCUGUCUGCUGGGCAUCGGCAUCUGGGUCAUGGUGGACCCCACUGGCUUCCGAGAGAUCGUGGCUGCUAACCCCUUGCUCAUCACGGGCGUCUACAUCCUCCUGGCCAUGGGGGGCCUGCUCUUCCUGCUCGGCUUCCUGGGCUGCUGCGGGGCCAUCCGGGAGAACAAGUGUCUGCUGCUGUUUUUCUUCUUGUUCAUCCUGAUCAUCUUCCUGGCGGAGCUCUCGGCGGCCAUCCUGGCCUUUAUCUUCAGGGAAAAUCUCACCCGAGAAUUCUUCACCAAGGAGCUCACCAAGCAUUAUCAGGGCAACAAUGACACAGACGUCUUCUCUGCCACCUGGAACUCGGUCAUGAUCACAUUUGGUUGCUGCGGGGUCAACGGGCCUGAAGACUUCAAGUUGGCAUCCAUUUUCCGACUCCUGACUUUGGACAGCGACGAGGUACCCGAGGCCUGCUGCCGGAGAGAACCGCAGACCCGGGACGGGGUCCUGCUGAGCAGGGAGGACUGCCUCCUGGGAAGGGACUUGUUCCUGAACAAGCAGGGCUGUUACACAGUGAUCCUCAACGCCUUCGAAACCUAUGUCUACCUGGCCGGAGCCCUCGCCAUAGGGGUGCUGGCCAUCGAGCUUUUCGCCAUGAUCUUCGCCAUGUGCCUCUUCCGGGGCAUCCAGUAGAGGGCGUGGCCUGGAGCCUGAGGAGUCGCCCUGCCCACCACUGCCCAGGACCCAGGCCCUCCUCUCCCCGGCACCUCUGCUCCUGGGUCCAGGGGUAGGAGGUGAGGCCAUCGUGAGUGGCCAGGAGAAGGGCCAGGGGCAAAUAGCUAUUUUUUUAACAAAACAAAAUGACGAAAAUAUGGACUGAUGUGCCCCGCCUGGAUGCCGGGGUGGGGCCGUGGGCUCUGCACCCAGGCUGCCGUCUGCACUGGAGACCAAAGGAACACCCGUGCCCGGCCCCCUCCUCGGCCCCACCGGACUCCCGCAGCCCUGGACCCGGGCCCUCUCCUCACAGCCUCGGGCUCUGGUGCCAAGAAAGUGAGGAUUUAGGCAACAAGGAGGCAGAAGCAAAUCUGGGGGAGAGGUGGGCAGAGCCCAGGGGCCCACGGACACUGGAUCACCACGUCCUUGAGGACCUGGCACCUCCUCGCAGCCCCUCGUCCAGUCGAUGGAGUUGUCCCUGCUCCUGCUCCGGCCAACAGUGGGCUGCGGACACUGGACCUGAGAAUGGCCCAGCUGGCGGGGUCCUCGCUCUCCCCAGCUGUUGGACCGAAUAUCUGGGAGCCCAGAGCAUCACCCACAGUCACACCGCACAGGCAUGACGUUCUGAACAAGAACUGGGUGGUCUCCGGGGCUGUCGGUCCAGCAGAGCUGCUUACACCCUCCCGGGCCCCGGCUUCAUGGUUUCCCCAGAAGAGACAGGGCAGCUGGCCAGGAACUGCCUCUUCCCAGUUCCACUGCUAAGAUGAUUCUAGACUGCCCCACUCCCCCCUCCCCACCCCCGCUGUUUGCCUUCCCAACUCCCCACCUUCUAAGCCCCCAGGAACACACACAUACACACACCAGAGUCCCUUUUCCACGCUGCCUGUCUCUGCUCACAAGCCCGUCGCUUUCCUGUUCUCCACCAACUCCCUGGCUCCCAGCGCUGGAAGGAGCCCCCGAGAUCACCCGGUUCUUCUUUCCCCACCCAGAACUGUAGCUUGGAUAUCUUCUGCAAGAUCCCUGCCAAGACAUCUCCACCCUCUUCUUGCACACCUCCAGGGACGGGGACCUCACUACCUCCCAGGACAGCAUUCUGCCUUUCGACAGCUGACUUCAGAUUUCCCUUUUUCUGUGGUUCUGCCCAAGGCUCUCUCUCCUUCCCUGGGUGUUAAGGCCGCACACUGUCUCCCCCUGCGCCCCGUUAUCCACCAGGCUAAAGAAUCCCAAGGCAUCUCAUCAUUUCUGCUGUGACAUCGUUUCCUGCCCCCUCACCGUCCACAGCACAUUUCCGAGUGCUCCCUCCAGGCUCAGGCAGGAAGAGGUCUUCCCACAGACUCACUGACACUCAGCACCCACAGAUCAGCCCCUCAGAACACAGACCUCAGGUUCUAGACCAGUGCUGGCAACUGGAUUACAAGAUGCCUCAGCCCUGCUGAGUCAGGAGUGGCUGGUGGAGGCUGUGCAGAGGAUCUGAGGUUUGGCCUGGGCUUGGUGGGAGAGGGCAGUAUAAUCCCGAUUAUAUAAUCCCGAUUGGUGAUGUCGGCCCCAGGCGUGGGAAUGGGAAGGGUAGCAUGAUGCCUGCCUUCCCCUCCUCUCCACUGUCCCUUCGGGGUCUGGGACAAGCCCUGUCUGUCUCCCAGGCCCUGUGCCAGCUUCCAGCCUCCCCUGCUUUCCAACGACUGGGGGAGAGAGCUGCGGCCAGGCGCCCAGUGCUCCCCUGCCCUGUCCCCUGCCCCCUUCUGAGCUACACCAGAGCUCUGUGCCUGCUGUAGCGAUUUGGUUGGACCUUCCUCCCAACUCUCCCUUCCCCCUCCCACUGGUCCUCUCCGCCUGGGUCUUUCCCCGUACCAGCCUGCCCUGGCAACCCCAUGAUGCCACGAGCUCCCUAGCAACUGGGCAUCCCAGGAUCCAGGGGCCCCACAGCUGGUACCCGAGCCCAGCCUGACAAGGGCCUGGGGGCUGCCCCUCCAGACCCACCUACCGCUCACACACAGCCUCCUGGAAAAGGCAGGUGUCCGGUCUGAGGCUGACAAAAAAAAAAGAGAGAGAGAGAGAAACUCCAGGCUGGCUAGGCAGCACUGGAGGUCAAAUCGGGCAGCUGUGGCUCCAGUGCAGGGCGGCCCAGGGGAAUCUGGGGCCUCGAAGGUAAGAAGUGCCCAUAUGCAUGUGAGAGGCAGGUCACGGAGGACCCCCCGUGAGGCAGGGGGGCGAGACUCCCGCCAAGGACUUUCCAGAACGGUGCCAAGGAACCCGAAUCUGACCCUGCUGACCUCCCAGGCACCGGCUACCCAGGCUGGAAGGGAACCCCGGAUCUGCUCGGGCUGGUAGCUGUUUGCAGGGCUGCCUGUGGCUGUCGGAGGGCAGGGGCUUGGGAUGUGGAAGAAAGCAAGCUCUGCCCCAACAUGAGGAGCCUCCUGGGCUCGGCUGUGGCGGUUACAGUAUAGCCCAUACGUUAACAGGUGCUGGUGGCAGCUGCCGGCUGCAGGGGGCUGGGGAGGGGGGGUGGCACGAGGGUGCAGCAGGUAGGAGUACCUCUGCAGGUCAGGGAAGACCUUACACGGGAGCCCAGCACCUUCCCUGCUCCCAAACUACUGCCUCGGGGAGAAGAGACACUGCUUGGGGGCUGGGGCCCAAACAGCCUCCCUUGCCCCCCCGCCCCCGUCUCCUGUCCAUGCCUGCGGGGCCCGCCAGGACACCCCCAAGCGAGCUGAGGCCCCAGCACCCACGUCUGCAGAAGCCCCCUCCCCUCCCUCGUGGGCCCCGUCGAAAGUCUAUUUUGAAAACGGAAAAUGUUCCUCGCAGUAGAGAGCAGAGCUAAUUUAUCAUGUUUAUUCCCGGGACCCCUUUUAUAUUAUAUAUCAAGAGUUUUGUAAUAUAAAACAACACCCACACUGA